CUCUCCAUCUUUAAUUCCAUCCACACAUUCUCUCCAUCUUUAUCUCCAUCCACAUCUUCUCUCCAUCUUUACUUCCAUCAACACCUUCUCUCCCUUUUUACCUCCAUCCACAUCGUCUCUCCAUCUUUACCUCCGUCCACACCUUUUCUCCAUCUUUACUUCCAUCCACCCCUCUUCUCCAUCUUUACCUCCAUCCACACCUUCUCUCAUCUUUACCUCCAUCCACACCUUCUCUCUAUCUUUACCUCCAUCCACUCCUUCUCUCCAUCUUUACCUCCAUCCACAACUUCUCUCCAUCUUUACCUCCAUCCACACCUUCUCUCCAUCUUUACCUUGAUCCACACCUUCUCUCCAUCUUUACCUCCAUCGACACCUUCCCUCCAUCUUUACCUCCAUCCACACCUUCUCUCCAUUUUUACCUCCAUCCACACCUUCUCUCCAUCUUAACCUCCAUCCACACCUUCUCUCCAUCUUUACCUCCACCCACACCUUCUCUCCAUCUUUACCUCCAUCCACACCUUCUUUCCAUCAUUACCUCAAUCCACACCUUCUCUCCAUUUCCUCCAUCCACACCUUCUCUCCAUCUUUACCUCCAUCCACACCUUCUCCCCACGUUGUCUUCUGUUCACACGUGACAUCACUUCCUGUGCAGAGCUUCCAGAGGUGUUCCUCCUCCAGAAGACGCCAUCCUCUCCAGUCACCUGCAUGGCGACAGGUUUCUACCCCGACUUAGCCGACCUGUUUUGGAGGAAAGACGGCGAGCAGAUCUUCGAGGACGUGGAGCACGGAGAGCUGCUCCCCAACCACGACGGAACCUUCCAGAUGUCGGUGGAGCUGAAAGUGGAGGUGACGGCCGAGGUGGAGGGCAAGUACGAAUGUGUGUUCCAGCUGUCUGGCGUCAAGGAGGACCUGGUCACCAAGCUGGAGAGAAGAAGCAUCCUGAGCAACGCAAGCCAUGAAGACAACUGGAGCGUCGCCCUCGCUGCCACGGCGGCGGUCGUCGCUGUGGCGGCCGUCCUGGCGGCCAUCAUCAUCGUCAUGGUCAGGCGUCACAGAAACAGACAAGGUGAGGGACACCAAUGUCCUCCGUCUUCUUCUUCUUCUUCUUCUUCUUCUUCUCGGUCCAGGCCGUGAGUUGAUGCUUUCAUCCGGGCUGCAUGUUUUAGUUGCCUUCCAGCCAAACACUCAAAGAUCCACAGAGACAGAGCGCACACUCUCACAUAGAAACACGUGAGGAAAAAGUCCAUUUCACCUUGUUUCACUUUCAUUUCAGCCCAGUACGAUCCAGCUCGUAAGUAAAACAUCUUUUCUUUGAGCCGCAAGAAACAAAGCCGUGGUGAAGCGUCACUCACAUGGAGGUCUGAUGUGGACCUUUGUUACAAGUUUAGCCUGAAAAUCCCAACUUGAGCUCACUCCUUCACAAUAAAAGACCCUCCUGUGAGCACACACGAUACAAAGUGUGGCAUAUCUCACGUUUGUCAUGAGUCCUCAUGAUGAGGAUCAGCCAAAUGAGACCUCAAGUGUGCUGACUCAUCAAGAAGGUAUCCUAGUCAGGAAGUAGAAGAGCAGCACUCUGCUUCUUCAUGUUUCCAAGUCCCACCUCAAAGAUCUGAUGUGAGUGACGAGGCACCUUCUGGAUGUUCUUCCUUCACCGUUUGCGUUUGUCCCACAGCUCGCCACGGCGGCGUGGAGCUCUCCGAGAAGGUGGCGGCUGAAG